UAUAAAUAGCUUUCCGUCUCUGUGAAUCUGUGAUCCUGUGCUGGUGGAUUUUAUCUCUCUCUUUUUCUCAACUCAAUCCAGUUACAGAUUUCUUUUCGUCUUCAUCGAUGGCGAAGGAACCAGUUCGUGUUCUUGUCACUGGAGCUGCAGGUCAAAUUGGGUAUGCUCUUGUACCCAUGAUUGCUCGAGGGGUCAUGCUGGGUACUGACCAGCCUGUAAUUCUUCACAUGCUUGAUAUCCCAUUUGCUGCAGAGGCCUUAAAUGGAGUGAAAAUGGAGUUGGUUGAUGCUGCAUUUCCUCUUCUGAAAGGUGUAAUUGCUACAACCGAUGUUGUUGAGGCAUGCACUGGGGUCAACGUUGCAGUCAUGGUUGGUGGUUUCCCAAGGAAAGAAGGAAUGGAAAGAAAGGAUGUGAUGUCUAAAAAUGUUUCCAUCUACAAGUCUCAAGCCUCAGCACUGGAAAAGCAUGCAGCUGCUAACUGCAAGGUUUUGGUUGUUGCUAACCCAGCAAACACUAAUGCUUUGAUCCUGAAGGAGUUUGCACCUUCUAUCCCUGAGAAAAACAUAACCUGUCUGACAAGGUUGGAUCAUAACAGGGCUCUUGGUCAAAUCUCAGAGAGAUUGAAUGUUCAAGUCUCUGAUGUUAAGAAUGCUAUAAUCUGGGGAAAUCAUUCUUCAACUCAGUAUCCCGACGUCAACCAUGCAACUGUCAAAACACCAGCAGGAGAAAAGCCUGUACGAGAGCUUGUUGCCAACGAUGAAUGGUUGAAUGGUGAGUUUAUCACCACCGUCCAACAACGUGGUGCAGCAAUUAUCAAAGCACGAAAGCUUUCCAGUGCCUUGUCUGCGGCCAGUUCUGCUUGCGACCACAUACGUGAUUGGGUGCUUGGAACUCCAGAGGGCACUUUUGUCUCCAUGGGUGUAUACUCUGAUGGAUCAUACAACGUACCAGCUGGUCUCAUCUAUUCUUUCCCUGUUACUUGUCGCAAUGGAGAAUGGACAAUUGUUCAAGGGCUCAAAAUUGACGAAUACUCGAGGAAGAAGUUGGACUUGACAGCAGAGGAACUCACUGAGGAAAAGGCUCUGGCAUACUCAUGCAUCUCUUAAAUGGUUUCUUCUUUCCUAUAGCUUGGUGGUUAAGAGGAGCUUGUGUUUCGUAUGUCUGAGAGAGUUAGCUUCCGUUUUGAAUAAGCUAUUUGUGAUACCAUAGAAACAGUUGACGAUGGGGAAGCCUUUUCUCCCUGUGCUUUUUGGUUGUGCCUUCUAGAAUUUGGAUUUCCCCUCAUAAUGGAUCCUAUUGAUAAUUGCAGUUUUAGUGCAUCAGAACAUGGUCUUAAUGAGCUAUCAUGUAGUU